CUUCCUUCGACCUUCGAACUCUACACUUUAGCCAUUGAUAGGUAUGUCAUCAAAUUCUUACAAUGACAGCUUAUUUUCUGAAUUAGUUAGAAAAAUCCAAGAGUAUAUUCCAAAUAAAGAUGCUAGUGAAUCGCUAGCGAAACGGGUUUUGGUGAUUGCCAAAGGUCAAUCGACUGAAGAAGGGUUUGGCAAAGCAUUAAAAACAUUUGGGCGCUUUUCUGAUCAAGAUACUAUUAUUAUUUAUGAUCUAUGUAAAAUUAUAAUAACAACAAAUGAUAAUAUGGGUCCACCAGCGGAUACUUUACCUCGAAGCGACGGUCAAACCAAGGCAGGUUUGGUGGUGCCAGUAAAGCGUACUCAUAAUCAUGAUUCAGGAGCCAAUUCCUCUUUACUAGGCUUAGACGCGUUAGCAAAUGAGAAAAGACAAGAACAAGCCGAAAGGUCUCAGACUUUACGGGCAGGGUCAUCACCUUCUCAUGUAGGAAUCUUUGGAAAUCAUGACCGUGUGGAAUUUAGAAAGCCAAAAAUCCCAUCACGAUCUGAUCGGCCCUUGCGUCGUCGAUGGAAUGAUAACGACUAUCACGAAAAUCAAAAGGAUGAUGAGGACUACAAGGAUAAACAUUACACCCGUAAUUAUACGAACCAAGGAAACAUUAAAGAUGAAAGAUUUGAAUCUCGAAGGGUUGCAAGGAAGGAUGAUCGUGAUAACAACGACUUCGCGUUUAAAACAAGGCGUAAUGAAUAUGAAGAAGAUCCUGUUAGCCAACGGAAACGAUUUAUGGAUAAAAAACAAUUUACUGACCGAAAAAGUGACAGAAGUUCCUUUGUAUCACAGAAUACUUGGGACCCACGUGACGUGGAAUAUCCUGAAGAAGACCACGAAAGCUUAGAGGACCGUCGUCGCUGGGAAGAGGAACAGGCACAUUUGGAUCGUGAAUGGUACAUGAAUUCAGAAUCUCAAAAUUUAUUGGGAGAUGAAACUCAUAACCCAUUCGCCGAUUUUGAAACGGAGGAAGACAAACAACGAGAAGUUGAUUUUAUUGAGUCCCAGAAACGUCACCUUUCUGCUCAAGCUACGGAAAGAAUGAAGGAAAAUUCGAUUUGGGAGAAAAAUCGAAUGGUUACUUCCGGCAUAGCCGCGACCCCAGGAUUAGAGUCUGAUUUCUCAGCUUCAGAAGAAAGGCGUGUUCAUCUUUUAGUUCACGAACUCCGGCCUCAUUUCCUUGACGGUGUUAAUUUUACUCUAAGGCAGCAAGAAAUUACCUCCGUGCGUGAUCCUCAAAGUGAUCUUGCUAUAAACGCACGCCGGGGUUCUGGCGUUGUUCGUGAACGACGAGAGUUUAGAGAACGUCAAAAAGCUGCUACUGCAGCUACGACACUUGCUGGUACUUCUUUGGGAAAUGUCAUGGGUGUUAAAGAAACUUCAGAGGAGGCUGUUAAUAAGGAACAGAACCGCAUGCCUUCUACGGUUGCCGGUAAGUUAGGCCCAAAAAAAGAACCAAUUGAAAACUCUGCUAGGACGAAAACUUAUAAAGAACAAAGGGAAAUGCUUCCAGCGUUUGCUGUGCGUGAGCAAUUAUUGUCUGUAAUUCGUGAUAAUCAAGUACUUAUCGUAGUCGGUGAAACGGGGUCCGGUAAGACAACUCAGCUUGCCCAAUUCCUUUAUGAAGAUGGCUACUAUACUAACGGGAUGAUUGGCUGUACUCAACCACGACGUGUUGCUGCAAUGUCUGUGGCUAAGCGCGUGAGUGAGGAGAUGGGCGUUGACCUUGGCUCAUUAGUUGGAUAUUCCAUUCGUUUUGAGGAUGUGACAGGUCCUGACACCAUGAUAAAGUAUAUGACGGAUGGUGUAUUGUUGCGUGAAUCCCUAGUACAAAACAAUUUGGAGCGUUACAGUGUUAUCAUUAUGGAUGAAGCACAUGAAAGAUCACUUAAUACCGAUAUUUUGAUGGGAUUAUUGAAGAAAAUCAUAUCAGUAAGAAGGGAUUUGAAACUGAUUGUAACUUCUGCAACCAUGAACUCACAGAGAUUCUCUGAUUUCUUUGGAGGUGCACCCCAAUUCACCAUUCCUGGUCGUACAUACCCUGUUGAUGUUAUGUUUUCUAAAAUUCCAUGUACGGAUUAUGUUGAAGCCGCAGUUAGACAGGCGCUUCAAAUUCAUUUAUCGCAACCGGCAGGUGACAUAUUAAUUUUCAUGACCGGUCAGGAAGAUAUUGAGGCUACUUGCGAAAUUAUGGCAGAUAGGCUAAAUCAGUUAGACGAUGCUCCUCGACUAUCUAUCCUUCCAAUCUAUUCUCAGAUGCCAGCUGAUUUACAGGCGAAGAUUUUUGAAUCUGCGGAAUCAGGAGUUAGGAAGGUCGUUGUUGCGACAAACAUUGCAGAAACAUCUCUUACUGUGCACGGUAUUUCUUAUGUUGUUGACAGUGGUUAUUGUAAGUUGAAAAUGUAUAACGCGAAGAUGGGGAUCGACACUUUACAAAUUACACCUAUUUCCCAGGCAAACGCUAAUCAAAGAUCUGGUCGUGCAGGGCGUACGGGUCCUGGCUUAGCAUAUCGUCUAUAUACUGAGUUAGCUUAUAUUCGCGAAAUGUUUCAAACAACUUUGCCAGAAAUUCAGAGGACUAAUCUUUCUCAUACGGUCCUGCUAUUGAAAUCUCUUGGCAUAAAAAAUAUUCUACAUUUUGAGUUUAUGGAUCCGCCACCAGUGAAGACUUUAAUGGCUUCUUUAUAUGAGCUUUGGACUUUGGGUGCUUUGGAUAAUUACGGAGAACUUACAGAAAUAGGAAGGAAGAUGUCGCUUUUCCCAAUGGAUCCAUCAUUGUCAAAAUUAAUUAUUAUGGGAGAAGACUAUCAUUGUACUGAAGAAGUCAUUACAAUUGUUUCAAUGUUGUCAGUACCAUCCGUAUUCUAUCGUCCGAAGGAAAGGGCUGAAGAAAGUGACGCAGCUCGAGAGAAAUUUAAUGUCCCAGAAAGCGAUCAUCUUACUCUCUUGAAUGUUUAUUUGCAGUGGAGAAGAAACGGAUGCUCUGAUACAUGGUGUAGUAAGCAUUUCCUACAUGGUAGAAUACUAAAAAGAGCCAGUGAUGUUCGACAGCAACUGGUGGAAAUCAUGAGUACUCAAAAAAUACCGAUUAAGUCAGCUGGAUCUGAAUGGGACAUUAUUCGAAAAGUUUUGUGUUCAUCAUAUUUCCACCAGGCUGCAACAGCUAAAGGAAUUGGUGAAUAUACACAUUUGCGUAGCGGAAUGCCAUGUCAUUUGCACGUUACCUCUAGUCUGUAUGGAUUAGGCUAUUUACCGGAUUACGUUGUUUAUCAUGAAUUGGUGCUGACUUCAAAAGAAUACAUGAAUGUCGUUACAAGUGUCGACCCACAUUGGUUAGCAGAAUUUGGCGGCGUUUAUUAUUCUCUAAAAGAACGUGUUCGUAACGAGACAGAAAAUUACGAACGUGUUUACUCUAAUAAAGCGAAGUUAGAAGAACAGAUUGUGGCAGAUCGUGAGACGGAUGCCAGAAAAAAAAACUCUAAUGAUGAUGCACCAAAAAAACCUGCUAGAAAAGCAGUGAUACGAGCAAAAGCCCCACGCCGGGUACGGGGAUUUUGAGCGUACCCUGCUACUCCUUCUUCAUGUACAUUAAAAAAUUAUUUUAUGGAUUAGGUAUAAAUGAUUUUGAAAAUAUGAACACCUCCUUGUACAUAUGAGUAUGAGGAUAGAUAAUAGUAGAAGUAGUCUUUACCAGAUAUCUGCGAAAGAAAAUAAUGGAAAGGAGAGCUUUAAAGACAUGUAAUCCUCAAGGAUGGUAAUAUUUAUCGUCUGUUGCCGGUCAAAAGAGGCCACCGAUUUUCCAUCCAUCGCUCUAAUUUGUCCCAUAACUGGCUGACAACCUCACGAUCGGUAUGUCGUCGAACACGUUCAACAAAGACACCUUCAACAUUCCAAUCUCUUGUAGCGGGAUGUGGAGCAUCACCGACGUACUGAACAAGGAAGCCUUUAACAUGGUGGAAAAGCUGAUGGGGUUCUGACCAUUUAUAAUCACGGAAUUGCCAAGCCUGACCUGUGGUAAAAACGCACACCACACGACUCCAAUAGUCCGGCUUAAAGUUCUCCGUGUUAUCUACUACAAUGAACCGCAUAGUACCAAAAUUGGAUUUUGAACUUCUAUGAUUCACGGUUACCAAUUCUGAGCCGCGUCCGCCGCCUGCGGCUUGAGCAGCUUCGAGAGGUGGUACAAAAAUGCCUUCUUCAAGAAACUUCUUUACGUUGUGCAUAGUCAAAAGAGAAGAAGCAGAUGGUGAGAGUAAAAUAAUAGGAUCACGAUCUAGAAAAAGUUUAGUAAACUGAUACACCAUAAAUCACGCAUACUUCUUCUUUUAGCAGACUUGUCAGCAUCUUCAGCAGCUGGGCCAUGAGAACUUUUAUUCAUGUGGAUAUAAUCUAAAACAUCUUUACGCAAGGAGAGAAAGUUCUAAAGAGAUUAGUCAGGCAAAGAUACAAUGUUAGGACGAAGCAUACCGUAGGCUUGGCACCAUGUAGGAUAGUAUUAUGAUUGGAGACAACACGAGAGUUAUUUUGCAACCAUUUUACCUGAUCACUUUUUUCUCCAACUUUCUGUUCUCUUGUUGGAACCUCUGCCUUUUCAGUUUGUUUAGCUUCUAUUAGAAAUCGUGAGUUAGAAUAAUUACAAGAAACGACUUGCAUACCUAAUCCGACAAUAUGUUCGCUUUCAGCAGAACCUUCUAACCAAGAAAUCAAAUCGGUUCUUUCCAAAAAGGUUAAAUUGCGAAUACCAUACUCCGAGCAUUGUUGGAUAUAGUCAGCAAUACUGGAAUCUCUCAGGAGCCAAGCAAAAUAUAUGCUUCUAAGUGUAAAUGGUUCGUUGGUUUCUAACUUUAUAAAUUUUGUAUUUUCAUCUAAACUGAAGGGCUUCGGUGACUCUGUAAAGGCGACGAACUUAGCAUCCGAUAAAUUUUCUACUUCAGAAUUGGUAUUUUCACUUGCUAGAAGUUUUGGUUUCUCGUUUUUACUAAUAGUGUUCUUUAAACCCAACAAUGCAUCUAGUUCCUCCAUUUUUGGUGCUCAACAAAAAAGGGCAAAAGUCAAGUAGUUUCAAGGCAUGACGAAAUGUCGUAUCUUAGUUGCCGGAAACUGUCAAUCUUUUAAAACAAAUCCCUAGAAUUUUUACUAAUAUUAUUGAUUUUUGAGUAUCCAUUGAAGCCUAUUGCGGUUUUCUCUACUGAACAACAUGCUGAAGCUGAAGCAUCCAUCA